AUGGUGGAAGAAUCUAGACUACUUCUGAAAAUCGAGGAAGAAUCAAUAAAAUUUAGCUCAAUUGUUGAUAUCCCUCUUAAUCUAUGUUCAUUAUCCGAAGAUUCAAAAGAGUUUCUUGUCUAUAAUGUAGAAAGCAAUAAAAUUUGUGCAAAAAUUCCAAAUCCCAUACCUUUUGAGCUAAAAUUCAAAGGAUUUAUGUGCAAACUAAGUGGAUCUCAGCAUUUUUACUAUGGUGGUUGCCUAAAAGAUGAUACACCCGUUGGAUUUUGUCUUCUUAUAGAUAUAAAAACACUUUCAGUUGAAUUUUUAAAUCCUGGACUGCCAAGAUAUUGAGCCAGCCCGAUUUAUUAUGAAAAUUUUGUCUAUGUGUUUGGUGGCUCUACAGCAAAAAGAAGCGAUCAAGUCAUAAGCAGCAAAUUUAAUUUGAGAAAAAACAAGUGGAAAAGGAUAGCUGAUUUACCGAGCAAGGCAGAGCAAACAUCAACAGUCGUCUACGAAAAUAAAAUUUUGAUCUCAGGACGCAAGCUUGGCUAUGUAUGAAAAUAUGACCCUGAAGAAAAUUCAUAUGAAAGACUUUUAAAGACUAAUAAAAACCCUUGGAAAAUGUUUUUUGUAUUGAAUAGCAGGUGCUAUUUGGUAACAACUGAGCGAGUUUGCUAUCGUUCAGAAGCGAAUGAUUGGAGGCAUUGGCAAUUCUAUGGAAAAAUAAAAGGUUGCUGUUGGCCGCUUUCGAAUGUCUGCUAUUAUAAUAAAAAUUUUUUAUAUUUUGACCAGCAUGCGAGAUUAUGACAAGUUGAUAUAAAGAAAUUAGAGAUUGAAAAAAUAGCAACAGCAUCAGAAAUUCAUUUUUUGAAAAGCAAUUUGGAUCAAAUUAAUAGAAGGUGGAUAUUUUUUUACUACUUAAAAGCGUUAUUAAUAAAUUAAUAUCAAAAAAAUUUAAAUUUAUAAGAGGAGAACUAGAAUUUCGUGUUAUAGAAAAAUAAUAUUAUUUUUCAAACACUUGCUUGUAAAUAGUUUUUGAAAAUAUAAAAUAAGUAAACCCCCCUUCAAAUAAUGAUAAAAAAAUCACUUAUUCAUAAGGAGGAGGAGUUAG